AUGAAUAGCAGUUUACUGCGAUGUGGUCCAAGGUUUACAUCAUUGCGCAUCGCACCUUUUAGAAGAUUCAUGGCUACAAAGAAAACUGACUUGGCUCUGCCUCCCAUACAUCAUCAGCUAUUAUCGCUGAAACCAAUUACUCCGAGUGAUGCCUACGUUUCCUGUACAGUCUUCAACGAUAAGGGUGAUGUUACUGCAGUGUCACAGAAAUUCCCUAAGUGGGCCUUCCUUAGAGAUCAUUCUUUGUAUCCUCGAGAUUUGCGAAAGAUUGAUACCACUGCGAUUGAUAUUAUUCCCAGCAUUAUAGUGAAGAGUUCCUGUAUUGUAUUCAAUAUGCUUCAUAUCAAGGCUCUGAUAGAGAAAGAUCGAGUUUACGUAUUCGACACGGCCAAUCCUUCGGCAGCAGCCAAAUUGGGAGUGCUCAUGUAUGAUUUAGAGGCUAAAUUGUCCUUGAACAGAGGUUCCAUGAACACCCUUACCCAGUAUUAUGAACACCGAGCGUUGGAGAGCAUGUUGAUUAACGUGAUGAGUUCCUUGGAGACUGACUUUAAGAUGCAUAACAGGUUAUGUGGUCAGAUUUUAACUGAUCUGGAAAAUGAGGUCAAUCGAGACAAACUGCGAGAUCUGUUAAUCAAGUCCAAGGAUCUGACGCUAUUUUAUCAAAAGUCGCUUUUGAUCCGUGAAGUGCUAGAUGAACUACUGGAAAGUGAUGACGAUUUGGCUGGAAUGUACUUGACCGUGAAGAAGAAAGAGCAAGAUGAUGAUUUUGCGGAUUUAGAAAUGCUUUUGGAGACUUACUACACUCAAUGCGACGAGUACGUUCAGCAGGCUGAGUCACUGAUACAGGAUAUUCGAUCUACGGAAGAAAUUGUCAAUAUAAUCCUAGACGCCAAUAGAAAUUCUCUCAUGCUUCUAGAGUUGAAAGUUACCAUCUAUACACUGGGCUUCACUGUGGCGACUCUACUGCCAGCAUUCUAUGGUAUGAACUUGGAGAAUUUCAUUGAGGAAAGUAAUUUUGGAUUCGCUGGUGUGGUUCUCGUAUCCGUUAUAGCAGGGAUAAUGGUCACAGGCGCAAAUUUUAAGGCUUUAAGGUCUGUUACCAGGUUAACAAUGCUUAACAAUCACACUGGGGCCCAGUCCGCACAUCAUAAGAGGCUAGCAUCAAAAUAUGCGGACGAGCAUAUCCCAUCUCUCUGGCAAAGAUGGGGGCAAUGGACCAACUUGGUAUGGAAUGGAAGGACAGGUGUCGCUCAGCGAGCGCAAGACAAGAGGGAUAGAGAUGUCGUUUGGAAGUGGCUUCUCGAUGAUGAGAAGAAAUAG